UACCCGAGACCCUACGUGCUCUCGUCGUCGCCUCUUCCUGUCAAAGUCCGCGCUACUAAAAAUAAUCGUCCUCCUAACUCGAACGUCGCGAUGUUUAAAAUUUUUCAGAGUCACAAUCGAUUGUUAUUAAUUGCGACGAAAAUGAUUUCGAUCGUCCGAGCAAAUUGAAUUUCUUUUCUCGGUUGACACGAGUCCUAUAAGUGAUAAAAUGAAAAAAGAACGGAAGAACACGCAAUUACAGGUGCUGUGUACAGGUGCUGUGUAUAUGUGCUGUGUGUUAGAUGCAGAUCGUUGAUAAAUGACGUACAUGUGAAAAGUGAGGUGUUUUAGUUUAUUUUAUUUUUAAAACCUGUGAUGUUAAUAUUUUAUUUGAUUUAAUAUUUGAAUUCGAUAAAUGUGUAUUGUGAAAUUUAUUGUGUGAUCAUAAACUAAGAGAAAGAUGACGUCGCUAAUUCAAAGAGACUUUGGAUCCCAGAGAAAAAGAGAAUCCACUAGCAGCACUGCGUCCAGUUAUUUGUUAUUGCUUAAUUCCUUGGCGACCGAUUUGGACUGCAUGCUGAGCGAGCUCUGCACGACCCCGGAUUCCUACGAACGGAGCGAUGUCUUCCUGGAACCGUACCUGCAGCAGCACGGGACCGUUCAGGUGGUCAACUCGCCGAGUACUUCGCCGCCGAAUCCAUUACAGCAUCGUCAACUUACUCAGUUACAUCAUGUACAGAGUGAAGAAUCAUUUUCAUCGGAAGGAUCGGCCACUUCGGAAGGAUCUUCGGGAUCUAUGGAAAAUUCUGGAAGCGAGGUGGCCUGUGACAUCACUCUGAUCGAAAGACUUAUACGCUCUCAUCCUAUCUGGUUUCUGCCAGGCAUCCAGAGAGCCGGUGCCUUUCACUUAUUGCAAGGCAAAGAGGAAGGGAAUUUUGUGGUGCGACAAUCAAGUCAGAGUGACACAAUGGCUCUCUCGGUGAGAUUACCGGCCGGGAAAGGACCAUACAUUGAACAUUAUUUGAUCCAGGCCAACAAGGGCAAGCUGAGCUUGGAAACGAGCGAGAAUAGAUUCGACAAUAUCCCUUCACUGAUUGCUCACUAUUCGCAAUGUUGUGAUGAGUUACCAGUACAAUUGAUUCUGCCGAGGGCGAUGCGAGAAGCGAAAAAUAGGCAGCAAUUGUCAUCGCUGGCAUUACUGGGCCAAGAAUUUUGGCGGUAUGGUCCUAUGGCAAAUCCAAAACCACCGGAAAGUAGUAGCAGUAAUACUUCUAGUCUCAGCAGUUUCCAUGGUGGCAAUAAUAACCACAAUAAUAACAUUAACAAUAAUGCGGAUACACCGACCACGGAGAGUAUAGUGCUCAAUCUGGCCCCAAUAUCAUCUCAAGAUACACACACUCCUUCUCCGACGAACACCGUUAAUGCGAAUAUAUCGACAUUUGCCUCAUCGUUGCCACGUCAGCCGCGUCCAACUCCGCCGAAUACCCUCAAUCUAACAACCUUCAAUGAACCUUUGAAUGACAACAAAAGAGAUCGAAUAUUAUCACCAGGUGACAAGCUCUCUCACAAAUUGAUAUCGCCAAACCUUGUGCAAAGUAUACGAUGCCCAUCACCAGUGGUUCACAAUGUGGAGAACAACGUUUUGAGUCCUGCACAAGAUGUUAAGAGCUUUGACAUUCUGAAGAGUGGUCUGGAUACAUCCAAGUCGACGACGAUCAAUUUCAUGAAGAAUUCAGAGAAAUUUAUUUCUACUUCAAGCUUCCAUCAAAACAAUGCGUCAUGCGCUACUUCACCAGAAUUAAUGGAUAUUAAGAAUAUUGUCACUGAAAGUGAUAAAACUACGCAAAAUAUGAAGACACCACCACCACCGCCACCAAGAUGGGCCAAACCCGGCAUCAGUCAGAAUCAAAGUAAUUUUACUGUAACUACGACAGUGACCUUCGAUAUGAAUCAUGGAAACGGGUUGAAUAUUUCGCAGCAAAAUACACCGUCGGAUCCCAAUACGUCACUGCUGAGUCCUCAAUCUAACAAAUCUCUCAUUUCCAACUUCUCUAUCAAAUCACCUCUUUCACCCACCACUCCAAUUUUAUCUCCUACCUCCAAGCUAAUCUCGAAAACACCUAGCGUACUUUCUCCAAAUACUCCCUCCAGCAUUAGUAAAUCAAAAAGACGGCGUGAUCGUGAGAAUCGGAAAAACUCCCAGCAUUAUCAAGAGUCGGAUAUCUUGGAAUCAUAUUAUCGCAGUUCGCCAGCUGACAAAAUUUCCGAUUACGAGGAUAUUUGGAAUACGACUGACCAAUCGACGCAAUCGACCUGGAAUGAUAGAUUGAAAAAUAACAAGAUUGUUUGCACCCCGCAAGAUCGUUUAAGGAGUUCUAAUGAUCGUCUGUUGAGUCCCAAAGAAUCUGAUAAAAAUCUUGUUGGUGAAAAAUCAGCGGGAGAACAAAUAAUUUUGAGAAAUGAUAGGUUCAUUUUAAAAAGUGAUAAGCUAGGGUGCAAGGAAAUGACAAGUCCGGAGUUUAGUAGUUUCAAACCUGUUCCAGAAAUGAAAAGUCCUGAUCAGAGUUCAUUAGAGGAGAAUGGAAUAGGAAAGAGACCUGAUCUGCUAUCCAGAGUUUGCAGUGCCAAUUCAUUGAAUAGUCCAAACACAGUGACGCCUCCGAGAAAUAAAUUAGGCCUUGUCCUGGCAAAUUCGGAGAGUAAUAGCCCUCUGACUCCAGAAUCUAAACAGAGUAGUCCCUUUUAUGCUGAACCAGCCGAUGCUAUUGCUCAGAAUGUUGCUAUAAUUCCGAGGAGGCGACCAAACAGAAAUAAUCCAGUGAUAAAUAAAUAUCGACAUAGCGAACCAGGUUGGUUACAAGCUCCGACAGGAAAUAACGCUAAUCAAUUGCACCCUAUCGACUGCUGGGAAGAACCCUCUGAGGAAACGGAAGAUAAGACGCCAUUAAUUUCAUCAUCGGUCGACAACCUGGCGAGGAGAUUAGGUCAAACUAGAGAGACGAAGAAAAUUCCCCGGGCGAAACCCGUUCAACCACCGAAGAUAAGAGCUAAGGUGUUUAAUGAUACUUCUUGGACAGUAGAUUCCAGUUGGGAAUUUAUCGGCAAUGAUACGGAGGAGCCAGACGGCGAGCCAGACUACGAUUGUGAUACUGACUAUAACGGUGAUAAUGUUGCGAGAAAAUUUCCUGGUGACGACGAGUGCAAUAGAAACAUUAUUGGAGAUACUUUGACAGUUCAGAGUUUAAUCCUGCAACGGUUUCCGGAAUUAUUUAAAUCGCCGGACACUUGUGAAUCUUUAUAUAGCGACCGAAAUUCCUCAUAUGAUAAUGUAGAAAAGCGAAACAUGGAUCGCGAAGAUACACCAGACUCACAGAAAGAUUGCACGUAUGAUCCUUCUGAAUGGGAAACUAUGUUGGAUACGGACGUGGAAACAGACAUGGAAAAGAUCAAACGAAAUAAAAGUUUUAAAGAACGAUUGGAUCCUCUUUUGUCACCACCACGAGUACAAGCACUUUCGAAAAAUCGUGAUCAACAAAAUGGAACCGGGGCAGCUAUUAGAGCUUACGCUCUUCAACUUGCGGCAGACAAAACGACAACCUUUUCGCAAAAUAUCGACAAUUUUAUUCAGUGCACGCGGGAAAGUAAAGAAGUGACUCCUCAUGUGGUGAUGCGCAACAUGCGGCAAUUCAUGUCGGGUAUGAAGAAUUAUUUGGUCAAGCAUGGUGAGCGCGAGUUUGAAAAAGAGGUAGAGAAGGAGCGAUUAAAGUUGCGGCCAAAUGAAUUCCUCAAUCUCGAUGCAAUCCUCGAAGAUGUGAUGAUGGGUCUAGUCGUGAGGCCUCUGCGUGAGCAUGUUUGUCGGUUGUUCAUUGAUUACUAUGUUGCUACUGGUGUGCUACAGACUUUGGCAGAGAACAUUCAGCACGCUCAGGGCAAGACCAUUCAUGAUCUCGGCGUUCGAUCGAAGAUCGUUCCCCCUUCAGAGGAAAAUCUGGAACGCAUUCUCAAGUGCAUUGAGCGAUUACAAAGAGCUGACUCACCUCUUGAAAAACUGGAGCAUUUAUUGACAGCCAUUUCGGCCAUCUUCAACUCUGUGAAGCAAGCUAACUCUGGUCGACACAUUACGCUGGGUGCCGAUGAUCUUUUGCCAUUGGUAAUCUGGGUUUUGGUACGCGGCAAAGUAGUGGACGCGGAAAUCGAGGCCGAAUAUAUGUGGGGUCUAUUGCAUGCUUCUUUGUUAAAUGGCGAAGGCGGCUAUUAUUUGACAACGCUAUCAAGCGCGGUGCAUGUUUUAAAGACUUUCAUGUCUAGUCAGGGCACCAUGUCUACACUGAAUGGAUGUGGAACACCUGAUUGUUCAUCUGUAUUGCGAAUUUUGGUACCGGAUGAACUGCACGGUUCCUUAAACACUAGAACGCUUCCGGUACGACCUAACAUGAAUACCAAGGAAAUUUGUCGCAUUCUUGCGCAUAAAAUCAGAUGCACCAAUCCUCAAGAUUAUGGGCUUUUUAAGUUGGUGCAAGGGGAAGAGACAUUGCUUGGAGAUCAUGAGUGUCCGCAGGAACUCUCUCACUGCCUUUUCGCCUAUAAACGGAUCGAUGCAAAAAUAGCAUGGCCCAAGACCAGUUCUUAAAAAUUGCAAAAUAUUUUAAUUAAUAUAAAAUUAGUCUCUCUAGAUAUCACUCACAUAAAUCGAUAUCGUCUUUUCCAAGAUAUAUCAUGGGAAGAUACAUUUUCUUUCCCACUAAAAUAUCUUAUUAAAUAUUGAAUUUAUAUAAUUUCAAUUGAAGCACUCGAGGAUUUUUUUAAAAGGAUUUUAACAUGGAAAUUCUUUCAGCACUGCCAUUUUCAUGAACAAUUUCUUAUAAGAAACUAACGAUAAGUAAUAAAUAAGAGAAUCGUUGUUACUCACAUCUAACAAUAAGUAUUUUGAUUACUUAACAGUAAAGGAAAUUAAAGUAUUGAUUAAAUUAUCAGAAACAAAGAAAAAUUGAUAUAAAUUUCCUAAUUAGUAUGAAUAGAAAUCUCAAACAAUAUGCAAUGUUUUUAAUCAAGAAUUUAUUAUAUUUUAAC